AACAUUUCUUGUGAGGUUUUCUCUUGAGGUGUUACAACAUUAAUGGCUUAUGAUCACUCUCUUCACUCUCCGAACAAUCCACAUUUCUUUCGGCCUCUCCUACCGGGCUUCCACACUCAUCUCAGCAUUCCUGUAGCUUUCUUCUUGAAGCACGUCCAAGGAAGUAACGACCACAUCAAGACUGCGAAACUGAGAACAGAUGCGUCUGCUAAAACUUGGUUAGUGAAGAUAAGCGGCUUGAAACUCACAGAUGGAUGGGAAGAUUUUGCAGUAAGGCAUGAGCUCCGGAUUGGUGACAUCAUCAUUUUCAGACAUGAAGGAGAGAUGGUGUUUCAUGUCACAGCUUUCGGACCAAGUUUCUGUGACAUUCAAUAUACUUCAGCAUCAUCUCAAAACAUCAAUGAUGAUAUUGAUGAUCAGACCAACAAUACUGGUAAACGAAACAGUUCAGGAGAUAAGAGAAAGAGAGUGAAGAAGACUCCAAGAACAAAAGGAGAUUCUUCAUCUGAUCAUUCUCAUUUUGUGGCACAUGUCUCACCCUCAAGUCUAAUUUCUGAUCGACUGUAUAUACCAACCGGUUUUGCUAGGUCAAACGGUCUGGACAACAUGAACGGCAAAGAGAUCGUUCUUCUUAACGAGGAAGGAAGGUCAUGGAACUUGAAUAUGACAUACAAGGAAGCAGGUCCGCAGACUUAUGUCAGACCUGGCUGGAGGAAAUUCUGUGCUGAGAAUGGGAUGAAAAAAGGUCAUCACUAUACAUUCAAACUGGUCGGAAAAUCUGCACCACCAGUCCUUCGUUUGUCCCGUGCAGAACAUGAUCCAAAACCACCUCCAGAAUCUCCAUUAGACCACUCUUAUUAUGCUGGAUCUGUCUCUUCUAAUAGCCUAAGAAUUAAUAAACUGUAUCUUCAAAGGGAGUUUGUGACUUCAAAUGGUCUGGACAGAGGAUGCAGUGAGAUAACGGUAAAGAAUGAGUGGGGAGGAAGCUGGAUUUUACCGCUGAGACGGUACGAAUCACACAACCAUACUUAUCUGGGACCAGGCUGGAAAACUUUCUGCCAAGUCAACGGGAUGAAAGCUGGAGAUUCCUUUAUGUUUAAGGUGGUUGAAACCGGCGACAAGCCUGUUCUCUUGUUGUGCACUUCUAACCGUGGGGAAACACUAUUAGAGAUUCCAGAAGAGAGUGAUGAUGUACAUUCCCUCUCUUCAGAUACUAGCAGCGGAGAUGAUAGUAGUGAAGAAUCCCAAGAAAGUGAAGAGGAGAGUCUUGAAGACGAUAGCAGGUCAAAGGAAAGUUUUGAGAUGGAGAAAAGGAAGAGUAGCUUCAGAUGCAUAUGUUCAUCUCCAUAUAGUAAACAGCGUUUUGUGAGGUUAACUCUUACACAUAACGCUCUUACAACCUAUGUACUGUACCUUCCGUUGGCUUUCACGCGGGCGAAUGGCAUCAACAAGCCAAGAAAGAUAAUGCUGUUAGGUAAAGAUGGAGUGAAGAAACAGGAGGUGGAUCUUUUGAAGAACAAAUCAACUGGAAUAAUGCGAAUUGGAAAAGGAUGGAGAGAGUUCUGUGACGCUCAUGGUGUAAAGGUAGGAGAGUCCUUUCUUUUGGAACUCAUUUGGGAGGAUAAAGAAGCAAUUCCAGUGCUUAAGUUCUGCACCAAACUCUGAGACUUUUAUGACCAGAGGAAGAAGAUUCCUGUGGUACAAUAUGUUCUUACUCUCUGUCAAGUUUCUUUAAGUUGCAGCAGCUUGUUGACUGCAUAUUAUUCUCUUGUUGCUUCUGGCUA